UACUACAAGAAUUCGGGAAAGAAGGACCAGCGAGUAGCUAAGAAGCGCGCAGACAUCUUGGCUAAUGCUCGUACUAAGCCGGAAGACAGGAUCGAGCCAGAAGGUGAGGUUUGGGCAAUAUGUGCCGCAGGUGAAAUCAUGUUGAGUCACUUGCAGCAGACUGCGCGGAGGAAAAUGCUGGCUAGCAGCAAGAUGGAGAUUUACUUCGACCAGUUCUUCAGCGACGUCUUUAUCGGUUAUAUAGACCAUGAUUCCAGUCGUAAAUAUGCUCUGGAGCAAAGCGCUGGCGAAGAUAUGGAGCCAGUUUCUAGGAAAAGGAGUUUGGUAUUCCUAUUCAAAUUCGGUUGUAUAGUCACCUGGGACUAUCCUAAGUCUCUAAGCAGUCGUAGUGACUUACUUGGCUUAUUAGAACCGUAUCUACAGAAUCCACUGCCCCAGGAAAAACAGGAAAGCGACUCAAUGAGCUAUGUUUCGAGCUACAACCAGACUAUAAAGCAAGAUAUUAUUCACUUAACAAGCCAGGCUACAUUCGAACGCCUGGCUUACAGCUAUGCCUUCGCACAAUCUUGCAAACUAACUAUCUUCGAGAAUAACGUCUACGAAUCCAUUGAAAACACCCGCACAAUUCCCGAAACCUUAGCGCGAACUGGUAAAAUCAAUACAAGCAGAGAAGCUAUUAGCCGUAUGAUCGGCGAAUUAUUCAUCAAUAGAUUCUAUAUCAAUCUUCAAUGUGAUAUUUUGGACACACCCGAUGUAUUCUGGGAGUUUGACCAGUUCGCUGACUACUAUUCAAGCUGUCGAUCGUAUCUGGAAAUACCCAAACGGGUUGAACUUCUCAAUCAACGAUUAGAUAUCAUGAAAGAUCUUUAUGAUAUGCUUAAUGAAGAACUAUCUUUGCAGCAUGGAUACAAAUUGGAAUGGAUAGUUAUCUAUCUCAUCGUUGCUGAGGUUAUCAUUGAAGUUGUGUGGAAUAUAAUUAUCAAGGACGUUCUGAAGCUCGUAUAA